AUGGCGGGUGAAUCGCUUUUCGAUGUAACAUUAAAACGUUUAAAUUUAAUUCUAAUUUUUACAGGUUUGAAUUUGGAAAAAUGUAAUCGUCGACAAAAAAUUAAAAGAAGAUGUGUUUAUAUUUUUAAUUGCAUUUGGUUGAAUAGUGAUAUAAUUGGGGCUGUAUUUUAUUUUAUUGACGGCAUAGAAAAUGGUACAGAUAUGACGGAAAUUACAUAUCUUGCGCCAUGUGCUAUGCUUAGUGCAGUUUCUAAUUUAAAAUCAUUAUAUUUAAUCAUAUAUAAUGAUUAUGUUAACAAUUUAAUCGAUGAAUUGAGAAAACUCGAUACAAACUCGAUUAAUUAUAAUACCAACAUAAAAAAUAAAAUAGAAAAAGAAGAGCGUCGAUUCUUAAAUGUCGUUAUAAAUUUGUUGAAUAUUUUAAAUAUUGGUAUGGUGGUUAAUUUCACUCUUAGCCCAUUGAUUCUUAUAGCUAUAAAUUACUUAAGGACUAAGGAAGUUGAACUAAUGCUGCCAUUUUUAGACGUGUAUCCAUUUGAUCCGUUAAAUAUAAAAUACUGGCCAUUGGUAUACGUCAAACAAAUCUGGUCAGAAUGUAUAGUCCUUUUAGAAAUAUGUGCAGCUGACUACUUCUAUUAUAUUUGCUGUACCAACAUUCGAAUCCAGUUUCGACUACUAAGUUACGAAUUGGAAAAUUUAAUACCUACAAAACAAACUGAUGACCAGGAUAUCAGAGGUAGACUGUUGGAAUUGAUAAAAUGGCACCAACAUCUUAUAAGCGUGACAAAUACUUUAGAAUUGAUUUAUUCAAAAUCUACUCUAUUCAAUUUUUUCUCAAGUUCAGUGAUAAUUUGUCUCACCGGUUUCAACGUUACGGCCAUAGACAAUUUGGCAUUUGGAGUGACAUUUCUGACGUUUCUAUUUAUGAGUCUACUUCAAAUUUUCUGUUUGUGUCUCUUUGGCGAUAUGAUUAUGAGAUCGAGCCUGGAAGUUAGCGAUGCUGUGUACAAUUGUCUAUGGUAUACAGUUGAUCAUAGACUAAAAAAAGAUCUAAUGCUUGUACAAAUUAGAGCUCAGAAACCGUGCAAGUUAACCGCUAUGGGAUUCGCAGACGUCAAUCUCAGGGCUUUCACAAGAGUCCUGAGUAGUUCUUGGUCGUACUUUUGUCUUUUAAAUACAAUGUAUACACCGACACGCAAUUUUGUAUUUCAUUUUUAUAUUAGCAAGAUGUCCGAACCUACACUUUUGAACAAAACGUUGAGUCGUUUAAAUUUUAUUUUUCUCGCUAUUGGAAUAAAUUUAGAACAUAAAAAAUGUAAUCGAUUGACAAGGAUAAGAACAAGAUGUAUUUAUAUUUUUAAUUUCAUUUGGCUGAAUAGUGAUGUGCUUUGUGCUGUGUUGCAUUUUACGAACGAUUUAAAAAACGGUACUGACAUGACAGAAUUGACAUAUCUCGCGCCAUGUGCAAUGUUGAGUACAGUUGGGAUUUUUAAAUCAUUCUUUUUAAUUAUAUAUGAAGAUAAUAUUAAUGAUUUAAUUGACAAUUUACGAAUACUGGAUGAAAAAACAAACAUGUAUACGGUUACAGUGAAGAAUAAUAUUGAAAAAGAGGAAGGAAAAUUCGUGAAUUACGUAAUAACGUUACUGAAUAUAUUCAAUAUUGGUGUUGUAUUCGAUUUCACGUUAACGCCUAUCAUAAAAAUAGUUAAAAAUUACAUGUCUAGUGGAGAAAUCGAGCUUGUUCUUCCACAUAAAGUGGUCUAUCCAUUUGAUGCAUUCGACAUUAAGUACUGGCCGUUUGCAUUCUUUAAACAGAGUUGGUCAGAAUGUAUAGUUCUUCUAGAAAUGUGUGGAGCAGAUUAUUUCUUCUACAUUUGUUGUACAUUUUUAAGAAUUCAAUUUCGUCUAUUAUGUUACGAAUUUGAAAACUUAAUAUCAUCACGGCAUUCAAAAGAGGACAAUCAAAAUACAGUUAGAAGCAGACUUAUGAAUUUAAUAAAAUGGCAUCAAGAUAUUAUUAAAUGCACAGAUACGCUAGAUUUGAUUUAUUCGAAAUCUACAUUAUUUAAUUUCGUAUCCAGUUCAGUGAUUAUUUGUCUAGCUGGCUUUAAUGUUAAGGUCACAGACAACAUAGCUUUGGCCGUUACAUUCCUAACGUUUUUAUCAAUGAACCUCUUUCAAAUAUUCUUUCUGUGCCUCUUUGGCGACAUGAUAAUGAGGUCGAGUAUGGAGGUGAGCGAUGCUGCGUAUAACUGUCUAUGGUAUGCAGAUCGUAAUGUUGCCAGUGAUGUGCUGUUGGUGCAAAUAAGAGCUCAAAACCCUUGCAAAUUGACUGCAUUUGGUUUUGCGGACGUCAAUUACAUGUCAUUUAGUAAGAUAAUAAGUACUUCGUGGUCGUAUUUUGCAUUACUCAAUACAAUGUAUGACGAGAAUCAAAAAAACUAAAUACACGC